CGAAGAUAAUGGACACGUGACAGAUGAAAGACAAAGGGUCUACUCUUCACGAGAUACUGGGAGUCAGGACAGUAGGUCUUAGGUGGCGGUGUCUUGACAAAGAGCAAAGCUCCAACAAUACCCGUUCUCUUUUGACACCCGCCCUACUCGUUUGUGUCGCUUUUAUAUACUACGGCGGCCCCGCAACCCUGCUCGCUGCACACUCCCGGCUGUUUCAUAACAAAUACCAUCCACCCUUUCCCGCAGCAAACCUCACCAGUCAGCAAGCAUUCUUAACCAACCAAGAUAUUCUAUACCAAACAGACAUAUGCCUAGCCAACGUAUGAGUGUCACAAACGGGAUCAAUAAAGCAAAUAGGACAAAUUUGAGCAUUUUACAAAGGCGGGCAGCGAGGAAGAUGCGACUAUCGGGUCGCAAUCCGGCUCUUGUCCACAAGAUUUCUGAAAUGCGCCUCACCAUCGCUCCUAUAGUACACGUCGAGACAGGGAAGCCAGCACCUGAUUUUCCAUCCACGAUGCUUCACCUGUUCCUCUUAACAGAAGCCCAACUUGAUGCGCUAGCGAGUUACUACUCUCAAACACAUACCACCGACCUUACACAUCAAUAUCCACAGACAAUGAACUGGCAACAACCUUUCUUGGAUACUAGCGAGACGUUGCCGGAAAACUGCAAACUAGCCGAGCUGGAGCGAUUAAAGAUCAAGAUGAGGAUGUUUGCAAGGUUUAUUGGUAUGAGGGGUGCAGAUACGCCGCGCUGGGAAUAUGAUCGUCAGAUCGAGAUAUUAAGGAACAAGAUACAAAGGAAUAUUUUGGAGGAAGAAACGACGCUGAAAAAGUUUUAUUGGGGACCCAUAAGUAGGCCUUGACAGUCCUCAGGUAUGCUGGGUAGCGGUUACCAGAGCUGGAGGGGAAAUUUGGGGAAAGAGGAAGGUCGCAGCAUUCUUUUGGAACGUCAAAUUGGUGAUUUGUACGUAGUCGCAAUACAUUUUGUUAAUAUUCAA